CCGCAGCGCAGAGACCCAAACCCGAUCCCCAAACUGGGCAUUUCGCUCACGAGCUCUCCGCCUCUCUCCCACACCAAUUUCGAAACAGCGAGAGCCAAAAAGGCAACGCGAAACCCUUGUCCCCUCUCAGAUUAGGCCCUAGGCUCGACCCAGAGGGAGGAGGAGGAGCAGGAGCAGCUUCGGCCUCGAGGCGCUCGCCGGCGCGCCAAUUCGCUGCGGGUCAAGGGCGAGGUGGCGGGGGGAUGGCUGCCGUUGCGGGCCAGCUCAGGGAGCUCGGGGACAAGCUCGGCUCCGAGCUGCCGGCCGAGGCCGAGGCGCUCGCCAAGCUCCUCGAGCAAGCUGCGGAAUGCCUACAUGGAAUAGAACAGUCACCAGGGUCCUCGGUGAUGGAAGCUAUCCAACCAUGUCUAACAGCAGUUGUCAGAAAAGAAUUGCUGAAACAUCAGGAUCAAGAUGUUAAAGUUCUCUUGGCAACCUGCUUCUGUGAAAUUACAAGAAUAACUGCACCUGAAGCUCCAUAUAGUGAUGAUGUUUUAAGGACCAUAUUUCGUCUGAUUGUUGGUACAUUUGGUGGACUCGCUGAUGUUAAUAGCCAUUACUUUAGCAGGAGAGUUGCUAUUUUGGAAACAGUUGCAAGAUACCGGGCAUGUGUUGUGAUGUUGGACCUUGAAUGCAAUGAUCUCAUCACAGACAUGUUCCGAACUUUUUUAGAAAUCGUCAGUGAAAACCAUGAAACAAAUGUUGUGAAAUCAAUGCAGACAAUUAUGGCCCUUAUUAUAGAAGAGAGCGAGGUUAUACAUCAAAGCCUUCUACAUGUACUGUUAUCAGCUUUAGGCCGUAAAAAAACUGGUAUUUCUUUAUCUGCACGUAAGCUGGCUCGGGGUGUUAUAGAGCAAUCUGCAGGAAAACUCGAACCAUACAUAAAGAAGUUUCUUACAUCAUCCUUGGCUGGGGCCAACAGUUCUGCAAAUGGCCACAUUGAUCACCACGAGGUCAUAUUUGAUGUGUAUCAGUGUGCCCCAAGGGUUCUUAAAGUGGUGGUGCCUUAUAUAACUGGGGAACUACUGGCAGAUGAAGUAGAAAUGCGGUCUAAAUCAGUUGAGUUGCUUGGGGAACUUUUUUCUUUACCUGGAGUCCCUGUAUUGGAAUCUUUUAAGUCUCUUUUCAUUGAGUUCCUGAAGAGAUUGACUGACAGAGUGGUAGAAAUCCGUCUUUCUGUGACUGAGCAUUUAAAGAAAUGUCUAAUCUCAAACCAUUCCCGUCCGGAAGCUCCUGAGAUUAUCAAGGCACUUUGUGACAGACUGUUGGAUUACGAAGAAAAUGUACGAAAACAAGUUGUGGCUGCUGUUUGUGAUGUAGCUUGCCAUGAAUUUGGUGCUGUGCCAAUUGAAACUAUCAAACUUGUAGCCGAGCGUGUCCGUGAUAAAUCGCUUCCAGUGAAGUGCUACACCAUGGAGCGAUUGGCUGAUAUCUACAAGCUGUAUUGCCUGAAGGGUUCUGAUAGCUCGACUAAUUCUGAUAAUUUUGAGUGGAUACCUGGAAAAAUAUUGAGAUGUAUUUACGACAAAGAUUUUAGGCCUGAGUCAAUUGAAUCAGUCCUAUGUGCUUCAUUAUUUCCACCUGAGUUUCCAACAAAGGAAAGAGUGAAACAUUGGGUAAUUGCUGCCACACAUUUUGAUAAAGUUGAGAUGAAAGCUCUUGAACAGAUUCUUCUGCAGAAGCAAAGACUACAACAAGAAAUGUUGAAGUACAUGUCCCUUCGACAGACAAGCCAGGAAGAUGCAGCUGAUCUGCAAAAAAGAAUCUUGGGAUGUUUUCGGAGCAUGUCCCGUUUGUUCAGUGACGCGGUAAAGGCUGAGGAGCACUUGACCAUGCUUCAUCAGCUGAAAGAUGAAAAUAUCUGGAAAAUGUUCGCAAGUUUGCUUGAUUGCGCAACAACAUUCAAUAAUGCUUGGUCUAUUCGGGUUGAUUUGCUGAAGUCACUUGGUGAAAAACAUGAACUGUAUGAUUUUGUCAGCACACUAUCAAUGCGAUGUUCGUAUCUACUUGUGAAUAAGGAAUAUGUCAAAGAGAUCCUGUCUGCAGCUUCUGAGCAAAAAUCUGUUGGGAAUACAAAACUCAUCUCAUCAUGCAUGGAUCUUCUGACGGCAAUAUCUAGUUUCUUCCCUUCACUUUUAUCUGGAUUCGAAGAAGAUAUCAUUGAACUUCUGAAGGAGGAUAAUGAAGUUCUUAAAGAGGGUAUUGCUCAUGUUUUGUCCAAAGCUGGCGGUAACAUUCGUGAACAACUGGCCUCAUCAAGCUCUGUUGCUCUUCUGUUAGAGCGGCUAUGUUUAGAGGGCACAAGGAAGCAGGCUAAAUACUCUGUUCAUGCUUUAGCCGCUAUAACUAAAGAUGAUGGUCUGAUGGCACUAUCUGUUCUUUACAAGAGGCUUGUGGAUUUGUUGGAGGAGAAGAAAGUUCAUUUACCUUCUAUCUUGCAAUCUUUGGGGUGUAUAGCUCAGAUAGCGAUGCCAAUUUUCGAAACAAGGGGGGAAGAGAUAAUAAGUUUCAUAACCAAAAAGAUUCUUGACUGCAGUGAUGAUACGGCUAAAGUUUCCGCUGACAAAUCUGAAUGGGGUGAUAGUUCACAUAGUUGUUUGCUCAAGAUUUAUGGCAUUAAAACUUUGGUGAAGAGCUGUCUACCUUGCAAAGAUGCUCAAGUGCAUCCUGGAAUAGAAAAAUUAAUGGACAUCCUUAAGAGCAUUCUUACAUAUGGUGAUAUUUCCCCAAACAUGAUAUCAAGUGCUAGUGAUAAGGCCCAUUUGAGGCUGGCUGCAGCGAAAGCUGUUCUCCGCUUAACAAGACAAUGGGACCAUAAAGUGCCUGUUGAUGUGUUUUAUUUGACUCUAAGGAUUUCACAGGAUGAUUUCCCUCAGAUGAGGAAGUUGUUUCUCAGUAAAGUACAUCAAUACAUCAAGGAGAGGGCUUUGGACGCAAAAUAUGCCUGCGCCUUCUUGAUAGGCAUAGACGAUUAUCAUACACCACAGUACGAAGAGUUCCAGCACAACCUGAUCGAAGUGUCACAAAUAUGCCAACAAGUUAAGAUGCGUCAACUAUCUGUCCAAGCAGAUGUGAAUUUGCUCACAGCUUACCCAGAAUAUAUUAUUCCAUAUCUGGUUCAUGUCCUCGCUCAUGAUCCUUCAUGCCCUAACAUCGACAAAUAUGAGGAUGUCAAAGCAUUUGCUCCAAUUUACUGGCCAUUGCAUCUACUUCUUUCAACCCUCCUGGGAGAAGAAGGUUUGCAGUAUAGUGUACCUGGUAUGAAAAAGGAGAGCUUCAUGACAACAUUAUCUAUAUUCAGAAGCAUCAAAUGUUCAAAAGACGCGGUCGAUGCAAAUAAGACCAAGACUCUACAUGCUAUAUGUGAUCUUGGUAUUCUUAUUGCAAAGAGGUUAUGUCCGGACCAGAUAAAUGUAUCAGAAAAUCAGACGGUUCCAUUGCCUGCACAACUUUAUGCGACAGUUCAGAAUGAUCAAAAUGAAAACCCUGUGGAGAAUGAUGAACAGAAGUGGUCGGGAUGUGAGACUAUACUGUCCCAUUUCGAAGCUCUUAUGACAGCAAAUGUUGCUGAGGUUGAAUCUCCCGAAGAUAAGAUGCUCAUAGAUGAGACUGAUGAAUUUGGUAAUGAGAUCCCUCUAGGGAAAAUUGUCCAAAUUCUUAAAUCCCGAGGAGCAAAAAACACAGGGGGGAAACAGAAGGCAGCAUCUGUUCCAGUAAAUACUGGAAAAGAUGAUGAUGUCUUGGGUUUGUUAAGAGAAAUAAACUUAGAUAACCAGGACAAUUUGGGGGAGUCAGUGAAGAGCAAACCAAAGAAGCCGCAGAUGGAUAUGAAAGAGAGCAACGAGAAGUCAGUAGAUUUUUCGACACCAAAACGCAAAAGAUCAGUUUCUAAGAGUAGACCACACUCAGGAAAAGGCAGUAAAGACGGUGACGAGCUUUUAGUGCAUUCUGCCAGCAAAGGAAAACCCAGUGACUCCUUAGAAAACAAGUUGAAGGAGAAAAGAAGAGCUGACUCAAAUGAUAAAGACUUGGUAGCAUCACCUACCAGUACCAAAACCCCUGUAUCCAAAGGGAAAAAGGAUGCUAAGUCCCAUACUGAAGUCUCGCGUAGCAGUGCAAAGAAGUCUGCUGAUGAGGACAGUACUAUGAGAGCUGCUGAACUGGCUAGUCUAAAUGGGUCCUUCAAAAGACAGAAGCCAAGACUGGUUUCUGGUUUAGCGAAGUGUUCAACGCAUGACUCGAGCAGUAAAGACUUGGUAGGACGUAGAAUAAAAGUUUGGUGGCCUUUGGAUAAGGAAUUUUAUCCAGGUGUUGUGGAAUCUUAUGAUUCAGCAAAGAAGCUACAUACAGUCUUAUAUGAUGACGGAGAUAUGGAGCAGCUUAACAUGGCUAAAGAAAAGUGGAAAAUGAUUGAAAGUAAUGGUUCACCAAUGAAGCAGCAAAAGAAGGAUCAUGUAGGUUCAAAUCAAGGACGUGUAACACCUUACAGAGCACAAGAGACGAAAUCUACCAGCAGCACGAAAGUUCCAGCUAACCAACAUAAGUCAAUAAAGACAGCACAGGAGAUGAAAUCUACCAGCAGCACGAAAGUUCCAGCUAACCAACAUAAGUCAGUAAAGACAGCACAGGAGACGAAAUCUACCAGCAGCACGAAAGUUCCAGCUAACCAACAUAAGUCAAUGAAGACGCCCUCACCUCUAAAGAGGAAAGGAAAACCAAAAACGCCUCCGGAAAACAAGCGUAGAAAGACAUCAGGAGGUAGCAAGUCCAUCGAAGCUACCAGCGAAGCUGGCGUUAAUGAUUCAGAUUCAGCCAGUUCUCUCGCUCAUUCAGAUUCCGACAAAGAUGUAAAAUCAGAUGGGGAGAAGGAUAAAGAAGUAGCAGUUGGCUCAGCUGAGAAAGAAAAAACAGGAAAAACAGAGAAAGAGUCUGCAGAAGAUAUGGAGCUGGAAGAGAAAAAACCUGACGGCGACAGUUUGAGCUGCAAGGAGGAAUCUGACGACGAAACUCUUAGUGUCUGGAAAAAGCGCGCAUCGCAAGCGACAUAGGCUUUGCUUUCUCUCAGUUGACAUAUGUCGUCCUAGGAUGCAGAUAUCAGAGGCAGUCGUCUGUGGAAUGUGGAUAUCUCAUUAAUUUGACCCUUCGCAGCUGACAGUUGUGAUGUAGAAAAAUGUUCUUUGCAAUAGCAACAGGUUAGUAUAGAAGAGCCAGCUGGAUAGGAAGGAUUUGCUUUGUAACGUUAUUUAGGUGCUAGAACUUGUUGCUGACUUCGCCAUGGCAUUGUUCAAUGGGCGUACGAAUCCUCGAGGGUCAGAUGUUGUGUAACAUAUCUUGUUUACCAUUCUUUUGCAGGAGAUAGCAACCGUGUCUUUUAAACUCAUGUAGAGAUGUUGUACAACAAUAAAUCAGUGUCUUGGGAUUGUUUUGCUACCAGUGUGAUGGUCCUCCCUUUGGGACCCUAUUCGAAGAAACAGAUUUUGAAUA